AUGACUCUAAAGCCUAGCGUACAUCGACAGAGAAACUGGGGACAACUAGUUGCAAGGCUCUCACCUCGGGCCCCGGGCGCUCUCACCUCGGGCCCCGGGCGCUCUCACCUCGGGCCCCGGCGCUCUCACCUCGGGCCCCGGGCGCUCUCACCUCGGGCCCCGGCGCUCUCACCUCGGGCCCCGGGCGCUCUCACCUCGGGCCCCGGGUGCUCUCAACUCGGGCCCAGCGCUCACACCUCGGGCCCCGGGCGCUCCCACCUCGGGCCCUGGGCGCUCUCACCUCGGCCCCGGCGCUCUCACCUCGGGCCCCGGCGCUCUCACCUCGGCCCCGGGUGCUCUCACCUCGGCCCCGGCGCUCUCACCUCGGGCCUCGGGCGCUCUCACCUCGGCCCCGGCGCUCUCACCUCGGCCCCGGCGCUCUCACCUCGGGCCCCGGGCGCUCUCACCAUGGGCCCGGGCGCUCUCACCUCGGGCCCCGGCGCUCUCACCUCGGCCCCGGCGCUCUCACCUCGGGCCUCGGGCGCUCUCACCUUGGGCCCGGGCGCUCUCACCUCGGCCCCGGGCGCUCUCACCUCGGGCCCCGGGCGCUCUCACCUUGGGCCCGGGCGCUCUCACCUCGGCCCCGGGCGCUCUCACCUCGGGCCCCCGGCGCUCUCACCUCGGCCCCGGGCGCUCUCACCUCAAGCCCCGGGCGCUCUCACCUCGGGCCCCGGCGUUCUCACCUCAUUGUAG